AUGCGUCCCUUUGCACAGUAUCAAAUAAAAUUUUCUCUUGAUACCAAAUCUUCAUCAUCAUUCAAUAUUGCUUCUUUAUUUCGUCAACCAACUGUUGCUGAACAUACUCAAAUUCUUAAACAAUGGCUUAAUCAUAUUUCUCAACCAGCUCAAUUAUGGUCAACUCUAAAUAUUUGUCAAGUUUAUCGUAUUAUAUCUAAUUCUAAUAUUCAACAGAUUACAAUUCAUCGAUUACGUCAAGCUAUUGAUGCAAUUAUUGUUCAACAUGCUAUAUUUCGACCAUCAUUAGAUUGGGAUAUGAAUACUAAUGCUUUAGUUCAAUAUAUUCAACAAUUCAAUUGUAGAAAUCAAUAUGAAUUUGUAAUUAAUGAUGCUGAAAAUGAUGAAGAAAUUACAAGUUCAAAAUUAUUUGAUCUUAAUCGAGGCAUUGUAUUACGAUGUCACAUAAUUAAAUAUAAUUUUACGAGAAAAGAUGAAGAAAUAUAUUUAGAAAACAAUGAUAUUAUUAUUUUUAAUCUCCAUCAUAUUGCAUUUGAUGGUGCUUCUCGACGAAUAUUUUUUAGUGAUCUUAAAUAUAAUUUAGAAAACGAUAGUACAUUAUUAAAUAAUGAAAAUCAAUUUUAA